AUGGGUGGUCGCGGCCUCUGCAACGGUGAACGAGGCAUCCGCCACGAGCUCCAGCGGACCACCAUGGAACAGCCGCCUUCGCCUCCUCUCGCCUCCCCACCUGCUCUUGCCCCGCCUUCUGCCGUCGAUGUGGACGAAAAGGGCCUCAAAGACUUCAUCCAGCGGAACCCCUCUCCUUCCGAGGCAAAGGCAAGGGCGGGCGGCGAGGAGAGCAUCACGGUGUUGCUGGCGCGGGCGAAGCUGAAGCUCCCCGAGCUUCCCCUUUUCCUGCCCGGGAUGAUCGUGAUUGUGAAGAACCCCAAGAACCCUUUCCACAUGUACAGUGGGAUCGUGCAGAGGGUCACCGACGAGAAGGCCGGUGUGCUCUUCGAAGGGGGGAAUUGCAUCUAUCAUUUAUGUUGCGGUUUUGCUUAG